AUGUCGCAUCCCGCCAUCAGCGUCAACAUCGCCUUGGAGCCUGCGGCUGCCACAAUCGGCGCGCCUUGCUCAAUCACUCUAUCUGUCACCCUCUCGCACCCGACUCCAAUCACAAUCCACACGUGGCAUACCGUGUUCAACUACGCUCGGUCCAAAGUUCGUAGGAACUUCUGGUGCAUCGAUCUCUCCGACAAUGACAAGCCUGUUCAGCUCGAGACAGUCAAAUGCGGCAUGAGAUCAGGCUACAUCUGCCGCGAGCUGGGCGGUCUCGAUGAUCAGUACUUUGUGACUCUGGAACCUGGAAAGGUUGUGGAGUUCACUGCUCCGUUCAUCUUGGCCCAUCGGGUGGACAAUAGAUUGGUGGUUGGACAUCGCUAUCGCUUUGGGUUGAGCGAGAGAGAAUGCGUGCAGUACUGGAUGCAUGGCACCCGCGAAGAGAUCAUGUUGCCUCCUGGACAGCACGCGCCGAUCGAGAAUGCAGGACCCGCGAUCAUGCUUGACGCCGGAUCGCCGGUCGAGUUCGAAGUCUUGGACCCUGAGCCCCUGGAGCAAGAACCUCAACAAGUCUCCACAUCGACUCAAAGCAGCAGUAGAUCAUUGAACAACACCUCCUCAUUCUCCUCAUCCUCAGUCCACGGCCAUGCGCUUACAGAUCCUGGUGCAAGAGACGAGAAACUCAACUGCACCCCCAGCGUCUUCCGAAACACCCACUCAGCAACAAUCAAAGUAUCCCCCAAAUGCCCAGCAGCAGGCCACGGCGCAGCAAUGGUUUCAAACGGCAAGGCUUUAUGCAGCGGGACCCGUAAAGCCGAAAACCGCAAAUAA